CGGGCAGCGCGAGCGGCCGAUCCAGCGGCGACGCCCUGGCGAAGAGCGCGAUGCUCUCGCUCUUGCAGCUCGCGUCGCUGUUCGCCACCGGGCUCGUCACGCCCAGUCAGCUCACCACGCUCAUAUCAAGCUCGCUCCGGCCGUCCUCCUACCUCGCGACCAGCCCCGCCGCCGCCCGACGCGUCGCUGACGCGUGCGCCGAACUGGAGGCGACGGCGCCGCCGCCGCUCUGGCCCCGCGACCUUCGCAGGCUGGACGGGUCGUGGAGGCUGAUCUACUCAUCCGCCCUGGCCGGGCCGCAGCCGCCCUCGCCGCUCGACGGUCUGCCGGCGCCUCCCGCGGCGCUCCUCGCCGCCGUCGAGUCGGCGCCAUUCGCGCCUCUCGGCGGCGGUGUCCAGCAGAACGUCGACGUCUUCAAACGCCGCAUCGUCAACGUCGUCGAACUCUCGCCGUGGCCAACUGGAGCUCUCGGCGGCCUCCUCUCCUCCGCCCCCGGACCGCUCGGGCAGGCGAGCAAGCAGCUCCAGGCCGCUCGCGUGGUGCUCGAGCUCGACCACUCCUUCAGCGCGGACGGCGACGGCUCCGACGGCGCGAGGCGUGGGGCGGCGGGCUCCACGAUCUCCACAUCUCGCCACAUCUCCCCACAUCUCCCCACAUCUCCCCGCAUCUCCCCUCCCCAUAUCUCCCCAUGUCUCCCCACAUCUCCCCACAUCUCCCCACAUCUCCCCGCAUCUCCCCAUAUCUCCCCAUGUCUCCCCACAUCUCCCCAUAUCUCCCCACAUCUCCCAUCGAGGCGAGCGGCGGCGGGCUCCACGAUCUCGCUCACGCUCGAGGAGGUGCGGCGAGAGCUGGAAGGCGCUGCCGGAGGCGGCGACGACGCGCUGGCCAUGGUGCCGCGGGCUUCGUCGUACUCCCUGCCUCCGCCGCUGCGGCCGCUGGCGUCGGGGAAGUUCGCGACGACGUACCUCAGCGGCAUUCUCCGCAUCUCGCGCGCCGUGCCGCCGCUGCCUUCGGCGCCGGCGGAGCUGCGUGUCUUCGUGAGGGAGGGCGGCGGCGACGAGGGUGCCACGUGGCAGGAGGAGGAGGACGCAAGGACGGCGGCGGCGGAGGAGGAGGCAGC